GACUAUCUGUUAACCACGAGCAGGCGCAUGUCAUCCAUCACUGUCAUAGGCGAUGCGACGAAGACGAUGACGCUGGCGAUGGCUACACGGCAAUGGCAUAGCGACACAGUCGGCAAACGCUCCAGGCUGCUGUUGCUGGUGCUCACCUUCUUCUUCAGCGUUUGUUGUCUAAUAAGGUCCUGGGAUAUAUCAAAUAUCGUUAUCUGCGAGAACAGCAGCAGCAGAUCAACGGCAGCUGCUUCAGGUGGCACAGGCGGCGGAAGCGGCGGAGGCGGCGGAGGAGGCGGAGGAGGCGGCGGGGGGGAAUACACCACCACUUUACGAUGGAUCGCCAACAGAAUGAUGUGGACAAGCUCUUCCCAUCGAGAAGAAGAAGUUGUUUCGGCGUUGCAGCAGAGGACAAGCUCUUCCCCUCUCGGGCGCGACAGCAUUGGUCAUCCCUCGUGGACGAUGACGUCAACGCCAGCUGGCCGAGAGGUCGGCGAUCCCGAUCCCGAUCCCGCUUUGUUAAUUACCACCACCACCCUGACGGGCAACCCCCCUUUAACAGGUAGUAGAGAAAGCAGGCUCAGUGCCCUCGUGGUCAUUGGCAUCAACACAGGUUAUGAAAGUGCCGACAGAAGGCGCGCUAUUCGGCAGACUUGGUGGCCAGCAGGUCGUUCUGUCAAGGAGCUCGAUCUCAAGGGACUGGUCGUCCGCUUCGUCAUCGGACGAAGUCGUCCUCGUCAACCUCGUAGCUCUCAAGCUUCUGGCUAUGGCGGCGAUGGCGGUACUAGCGCUGGUACUGGCGCCGGCUAUGGCGCCGGCGGCGGCGAUGCCGGCUAUGGCGCCGGCUAUGGUGGUGGCGGCUCAGCGAACAAGAACGACGAUAGUGUUCAUGUUGAUGGUGCUCGUCCUGGCGAUGGCGGCGGCAGCGACGGGCACGGCAGCGACCAGCACGGCGAGGAGGACGAGCUUGAGCGAGCCAUUGUCAAAGAACGCCAGCUGUACGAUGACUUUCUCAUCCUCGACCACGUGGAAGACUACCAUAACUUGUCUGCUAAAACCCUUCGAUUUUUCUCCACGGCUUUUCGGUUAUGGGAUGCAGACUUCUACGUCAAGGUUGACGAUGACGUCUACGUAAAUUUGGGCACGAUGGUUCACUUCCUUCGCUUGUUCCAGCGCAAGCCCCGUGUCUAUUUCGGCUGCUUCAAGUCCGGUUGGGUUCUGCGGAACGACUCCAAGUAUGGCGAGAAGGAGAUCUGGAAAUUUGGCGGGAAACACGCGCGCUAUUUUAGUCAUGCCGCGGGCCAAAUCUACGGCUUAUCCAAACAAUUGGUCGAGUACAUAGCCGCAAACGCACCCCUGCUGCACUUGUAUGCCAACGAGGACGUCACCGUCGGAUCCUGGAUGCUCGCUCUCAACGUAGAGCACAUCAAUCAAGGAACACUGUGUUGUAAUACGGGUGACACUGCCGUGGCGUGCCCAUCCAAGCUAAUGGGGUCCUGUGUGGCCCUCUAUGAUUGGAAAUGCACGGGCCUGUGCAAUGCUUCCACCAGGAUGAAGGACGUGCACGAUGCAUGCUGGGAAGGCGCCGACGUGUUAUGGGAUAGCUUGUCGUACUCGCUAUAGGAGUGAAUAAGUUCUAUUUGACGAUAUAGAGAGAGAGAGAGAGAGUUGCCCAAAAUACAGCUAUAAGGACUGUACGUUCCAUUCGGGGGAUGACGGGCAGUCUUCGACGUUACCAUUGUUCUACGUACAACAACGCUGUGUUACCAAGUUAACAAGUUAAAUUAGGCGCAUUAGGGCCCCAUGGUUGUAAACCAUGAAAAAAAGAACUGAUGUCACAAAUUCACAUCAUUAGUACAAAUGUGUUAAAAAAAAAGAAUGAAUAUGUAUUUGAUCU